AUGCGUUAUAACAUGAGGAGCUUCCUAAAAUCACGCAAGGGAUUAACUGAAAAACAUGAGGAGCUUCCUAAAAUCACGCAAGAGAUUAACUGGAAAAAAAAAAGAUUCAUAUACCGAACAUAUACAAAACAUAUACUGAAAAUAACACCAGAUCUAAGCGUCGGAUGUUGGUCGGAAAUCGCAGGUCGCUUGGCUAUUUUGCGAGAAGCCGGACAAGGCUGGUGGUCGUGCUCAGCGGAGGAUGAGGCUCGUCGGGGAGGGUCAGGCGUACGGUUGCCGGGCGGCGCCGAAGCUAAGAUAUUGAGGGGACCUCAUGAAGAUUUGGAGAGCUAUCUAGAAGCAGUGGAUCAACUUAGGAGCAUUGUUCGCUUUUUUACUGCAAACAAAGGCUUUCAGACUAACCAAACAAUUGCCAAACUAGAGGAAGAAUUCAGACAGCUGCUCACCUCAUACAGCAAGCCUGUAGAACCUGAUCGACUUUUUGACUGCCUGCCAAACUCCAUGAGACCAUCAACAGGGUCACCACGUGAAAGAGACUUGAGUGGAAAAAAAGACUUCUGA